UGAACUUAGUGUAUGCUUGGUUUCGCAGUAGAAUUGGUAAAAUCACGAUGGCUUACCAUGAUUUUCUCAUUACCACCUUGAAACCAAUGUUUCUACAUAGUCAUACUCAUAACACAAGUGGAAACAGCUAGAGUUAGCUUUAAAUGCUGGAUCUAGAAAAGUGUUUCAAAAGGAAAUAAAAGUGAUAAAGAUGGAAAGUGUUUUCAUUGUGAUACUUCCGUGUUCUUUAAUUUUUCUUCAAUUUUAUUAAUUGGUUUUAUGGUGUGAAAGUGUGAACUCAUAGUGGAGUUUGUCUUUUUCUACUCCACUAAGAGGAGGUUUAUUGAAGAAGGAAAAAGUCCUUUUAUUCCCUUUUUUAUUUCUUUGUAACAUGGAAAAGGUUAUAUGAAAAGAACUAGUGAUUGCACAAGUUAAUAAUUUCUUUUUGGUCUUUUGUGUGGCACUAAAUAUAUAGUUGCAAAAGAGGAAAGUCAUGCUAUUUUUGCUUCUAGUUUUGUUCUUCAACAAUUAAAGAUAAAAGUUUUGGUGGGUUGGUUUUCAUAUUGUGUUGAUCUGUCUUUUGGUCACUCAAAUUGAAACAAUUCUAAAGGCAUUAAUUUAAGAUCCUUUGAUCGACUUGGAUUUGGAUUCUCUUUUGUUUGUGUAGCUUCUCCAGCUGCACCUUGAAGUUGGAUUAACUUAACAGCAGAGCUUAUUACAUCUCGGUUGUUAGGUUAAUCCAGUGACUGAUGUGCAGUUGGAGAGGCUGCAAAGGUAACUGAGGAUUCAGAUUAUAUUUUGAUACUUGUUCACUUUUUUAUCUUCGAGAAUUGCGUUAACCAUGGUUCAAUGUUGUGUGUUUUCAUAAAGGAAGAAAGUUUGGAAUGAUCUAUAAGGUUGUGGAGAGUGACCUUGUUCAAUCAUCUGCAAUGUCAGAAUUCGAUUUAUUUGUAGAGGGAGAUCUGUUCAAAGCGCCCGAGACUAUUAUCGAAGAACCAGCGAUGGACCUUGAUCCAAUGCAAGCAGCGAUGUCAAUGAUAUCUUGUGGGGAAGACGUCUCGUCGCAGGGUUUAAAAUCUUCAGAUAUUGAUGUACUUCAAAAUGAACAGCUUUUGAGUGAGGUAUACUAUGAGUGCAAGAAAGAUAUGUUGGAAAAGGCGGCUAUAGAGUCACCUCUGUCUGAGAUUCUGGAAAUCAAGAUUCCUGCUCUGAACAUAGAAGAAAAUCCGAUUCAAGAAAACAAACCGCUUCCUGAUUUACUAUUACCAAAGAGUGUCAGUUCAGGAAGUUUGAGUUCAAUGGAUUGGAUGCAUGGAGCUGCAAUGAAACCUGCUUUCCUUGAUUUCCCUGGAAUAGAUUUCAAUGCGGUUUAUGGCAUGCGGAGAGCAUUUAGUGAAGGCGAUAUAAAGACUCUUGGAAAUGGCAACAUGAAUGUUUGCCAAUCUACUCUUGAGAGGCCUUUUCUUCUGAGCAGCAACUGCACUAGCGAGCAACGGCAAGAAAAACUCUCCAGAUACAGGAAUAAGAAGACAAGGAGAAACUUUGGAAGGAAAAUCAAGUAUGCUUGCAGGAAGGCGCUCGCCGACAGUCAACCAAGAAUCCGCGGAAGAUUCGCAAAAACGGAGGAAUUCGAUGUCAAGAGACAAUGACCGACCGACUCGUUAACUGAAUUAGAUGGAAGAGCAAGAAAGUAGAAAUCAAGUUGAUGCAUCAAAUCAAGAAAAAUGGGAAAGCUUGGCAGUGGUAUAUGUGCAUGGAAUUUAUAGACUUGGUUGAAUUAUAACUUGAGCAAGUAUAUCAUGGAAUAAGAAAUCAAGUUCCUUCUAAUUAUGUUGUAGUAGCCUUUUAUUUGUAGAUGGAUAUAACCUUCUAGAUAUGUACAUAGGUUUGAUGAAUAAAAGAAUGAAAAGAAGAAGAAAAAAAAGAAUGAAUAUAAGGUUGUAUCUGUGAACUUUUUCUUUAAUUGUGUUAUGUGAAAUAAUGAUGUUGAGAGUUUAGAAUUAUUUGCUAACAAUAA